UAAAUCGUCACUUCCUUUCCGUCUAAGAUGUCGCGGCGAGACGGAGCAAUUUACGUUGGGCGUUUGUCUAAAAGCACAAGAACUAGAGAUUUAGAGGAAAUAUUUGAACCUUAUGGACGACUUUUACGUUGCGAUAUCAAAUAUGGAACUGAGAUGGCAUAUGCUUUUAUUGACUUUGAAGACAGACGUGAUGCUGAGGAUUGUGUAAAAUAUGAACAUGGCAGAGAGCUUAAUGGCCAGAGUAUCAUUGUGGAGUGGGCUAAAGGAGGAAAAGAUAGAAGAAUGAAAAGGAAUGACAACAAUUCAUCACAGAGCUAUGAUGAGUGCUUUCGCUGUAGACGGACAGGACAUUGGGCUCGAGAUUGUCCAGAGUUGAGGUGGGGUCGUAGAGGAGGCGGCGGAGGAGGUGGUGGUGGUGGUGGAGGUGGAGGUGGUGGACGUUGGAGAUCACCAUCUCCCAGGAGGAGGUACAGGUCACGUUCAAGAUCUAAUGAUAGGAAGCGCAAAAGCAGGAGUAGGUCUCGUGAUCGCAGAAGGCGUAGCAAAUCCAGGGAUCGUAAGAGAAGUAGAAGUAGAUCUGGCGAGAGAAAGAGAAGUAGAUCACAAAGUGGUUCUGCCAAAUCAAGGAGUGGCUCCCCAGACAGGAAGGAAAGUGGUUCAAGAGACAGAAAGAAAAGUGGUUCUGGAAGCAAAUCACGGUCUAGAUCUAGAUCUCCUGCUCGGUCUAAAUCUGGUUCUAAGUCAAAGAGUAGAUCUAAAAGUCCCAGGCAGCCACAGGACAAUCACAAUGAUCAACCACCACCAGAGACAGUGAACACAUCAAAUAGAGAAGAUGGUGGAGCAGGAGACGGAGGAGAUGAAGAAAGGGCAUCCAGAUCUAGGAGUGGUAGCAAGGACUGAAUAAACUUUGUUGUAUGCUUUUAUAGGAUUCAUGUUUGUCAGCUGAAAGAAUGUACCUUCUAAUUAACCAAGUAAGCACUGCAUUUGGAGAUCAUUUUUUUACUCAUGAAAUUGUGAACAUUUUACUGUAAUCUUUAGAUGCAGUUUCUCUAUACUUGGGAGUUAAAAGGUAACUAAUUCUUUUUGCUGUUACUCAUUUAAUCAGCUGUGCUGUAAUUUUUUUUUAAAUCACUGAUCAGAACCAAUUGUUUUCUAAGACUUAAAGGUAAAGCAUUUACUAGCACUUGCCCAUAACAUCUGGUACAAGUGUUUUAUUUUUAGUGUAUGUUGUUCCAUGUAUUUUGUUCAUUUCUUUUCUGUUGGCUGUUAUCUAGUAAUUGCUAUUUGGCAAUUUCAUUCUUCGGUUGGAACAGUCUAUGGAGUGCCAUUAUUUCAUUCAGAUUUAAUCCUCUGUUUCUAUUCACCAUUUCAUUUAAACAUAACUGCAUUCUAUUUUCCUGUCAUACUUUCAUAUUUAGUUCAGCUUUUGUUUAUUUUAUCAAACUUUGUAUUGAAAUAUUUUUUUAGCAAUGGCAACCAGAUGAUUCCAGAAAUAAAAUAUCAUUAAAAAAUUAA